AUGAUAAUUAAUACAGGAACAGAUAAUUGUGAUGGUUUGUCACUAAUUUCAGAAUAUUUUACAUCUCGAAAAAACGAGGAAGAACAAAUGGAAAGAUCAAAAUCGUCAUUUUUGGAGCUAAAUACAGAUAAAGUUGAUGUUGCCUGUACGAGUGUAGAAAAACUUUCUCAGCUGUUUGUGGAUCAUGUCAGUUACAACGAUGAACUUUAUUCUCUGCUUUCAACUAAUUCGAAGAUAAGUGAGGCAGAGUAUUUUAGUAGUCAAAAUGUGAAACGUGUAGGUUGUAGUAAUAGUCAUCGCAAUAGCUGUCUUAUUAUGCGAAAAGUAAUUAGUAAAUUAUUUGUCAAUUCAUUAGAAAUACUGUACGGAAAAAAAGUUGUUGACAAGUGUUUGCUUUUUUCCGAAUUUCCAAGCCUUUGUGGAUAUUUUGUACAGCUCCACAAUUAUCGAAACAAAAAACUUCGUGAUCAAGCGAUCACGAUAUAUCUUGUCAGCAGAAUCGAAAACAUUGUGUUAUCAUGCAUAAAAUUGGCGAAUAGAGGAGACAAUCCGUUCGAUAACAAACAAAAUAUGCUGAGACAGAUCGAUUAUCGUUCCUUUGUUCGUACAUCUCUGUUUUCACAACUUCUUUGUGUGUUCAGAGUUAAGUCAAGCUUUAUUUCUAAGUACGUAUUUUUUGCCGAUUUGGAGUAUGCUUGCUCAACACUUUGUGGUGUAAGUAGUCCUGAUACUGUUUGUGAUACUUUUUUGGAGGGAUAUGAGUCUCUAUUCUUUUUGCUGUUUGGUUUAUUU